AUGGCGAUUGGUAAUAUAGCAGCUAGAUAUCUAAGCUCACUCGAAGAGACAGAUACCACCGCAACCACCACCACCACCACCACAUCUAAUGUUUUACAGCCAAGUAAUAGAUUGAACUCCCCGACAAAGUUCAAUAGAAAAAGUCUUGACAAUAAUAGUCAAGAUUUAGAUGCUUUGGCAAGAGCUUUGAACAUUACUCCAAGUAAACCGGAGACUCCUACUUCCAUCUCAAAAGGCUCUGCAACAUCACUAUUAAGAACUAAAUUUGAAUCCCCUUCUGCUACUGUCUCGUCGUUCAAAUCAACUAGCUCAAGCAAUGGGGUCUCACCAACUAAGAAAAAUCACUUUGUGGAAAUCACUUCUGAUGAAACUCCUAGUUGGGCCAACAAAAACUAUAAAGACAUUUUAAACAAAUCACCAACCAAAUUUAAUACCCAAUCCAAUGUUCAUACCCCAUUAAAACAAUUAAACCAACCAAUUGGCACCCCAUCAUCAUCAUCAUUAUCACCAGCAAAAAACGCCUCCAAAAGCUCACCCGGUUAUGAAUAUUUAUGCCGAAUUGAAGCAAUUAAACAAUGGUUAGAACUGGUUUUACAAGAACAAAUCACUCAAUCUGCUUCUCAAUUGAUAUCUUAUAUUCGAAAUGGGAUCCACCUUGCUAAAUUAGCUAAUGUUGUCUUACCCACGUCGAAACCGGUUUUUUUAAAUGAUAGUAAACUUCAGUUCAAGCAUACCGAAAAUAUCAAUCGAUUUUUCCAAUUAUUAGAUUUUUUCAAUAUGCCAGAUUUGUUUCGAUUCGAAUUAACCGAUUUAUACGACGCCAAGAAUGUCCCUAAAGUGUGGUUCUGCUUGCAUGCCUUGAGUUAUAUUUUGCAUAAACAAGAUCCUCUGUAUCCUGCAAUGAAUAAUUUGGUAGGCAAAGUUGAUUUCAGUGCCGACGACAUUCGAACUGCCAAUCGAGCACUAGUUAAUUCCCCGUUACCAAACUUUUCUAGUGCUGAUACUGGUGAAGGAAAAAGUGACACUAGCAAUAAUAAUAGCAGUACUACAAGUGCCACUGCUGCAUUUAUGGAUAAAGUCACUUCACCGGUUAAGAAAACACCAUCUCCAUUAAAAAGACCACAACAAUUGCAAAAGAAACAGUUAGAAUUGGUCGAAGAUAAUAAACCAGAAUUGACACAAGAUUCUAGCGGACUCUCCAAAAUUAGUAGGGAUGACCCCUUUACUGACCGUGUGGAUUUGGCUCCUCCUUCAACAUCAAAUGCAAAAUUAGAAUUACACACUCCACCAUCAAAACUGCUUGAAUUCAAAAUCAAGCUGCCAAUAAUUGAUCUAUCUCAUAGAGAUUCUGACUAUUAUACCCCAGAGUUGGAAAGUCAUCUCCCCAAUAUUAUAAAGUUUCAAUCGUUGGCUAGAGGGGCUGUUUUCAGAUACUUGAUGUUUGUGGAUAGAAUCUUGUUAAAAUCAUACCAAGACGAGUUUACCAAUCUUUUCGCAAUAAUACGUGGUAAUAAAGCGCGUCGCAAAACUGUUCACAAACAUCGAGAUGAAUUGAGGUUAUAUAGCUUUGAAAUUAUUGAAUUACAAUCAAUAAUUAGGAAAAACUUUGUUAUCAACAAAAAACCCAAUUUCACUUCUAUCACCAAUGAUGUUGAAACAGUUGAGUUACAAAGUUUGAUUAGAGGUAAAUUAACAAGAGAUUGGAAAAAAUACGUUACCAAUGGAUUGGAGAAAUUCACUCCCCAGAUUAUUGAUUUCCAAUCAUUGGUCAGAAUGAAAUCAAUUUAUUCCAAAUCAAAUAAAGUAAUUUCUUAUAAAGACGAAAUUUUGCCAUCACUCAUUGAAUUACAAUCUAUUGCACGAAGCCAAUUAUACCAUCGAUUCUCUCGAUCCAACGCCAUUGAUGAAACGGAAAUUAUUAAAAUCCAAUCAAUCAUUAGAAGAAAUGCAGUUAUUGAAGACCUUUACACCAAACUUUCCAAGGUUCGUUCUAAUAAACGUAGAUUGAUAGAGUUGCAAAGCAUUGCUCGUGGAGGGGUUGCUAGAACAAAGUUAUGCAACAGUGUUUUGGUCACCUUAAUUUAUGAAGACGGGAUAUUGAAUCAGCUUUUCGCCAAGAUUAGAGGUGACAAUUACCGUAAGAAAUUCAAUAGUCAAAAAUCGGAGCUAUUAAAAUAUGAGAAAUCAUCUAUCAUACCAGUUCAAACUUUAUUCAGAGGAGUUCUUUCCCGCUAUACCAAAGAGGUCACACUCAGUGACAUAUUUGAUCAAAUUGACAGUGUAAUCACUUUGCAAUCUGUUGCUCGUGGGAAGUUGAUGAGAGGACUGAUUUAUGAGUUUAGUGACUACUAUCAAAAGCACAUCAAGCAAGUUGUUAAAGCACAGGCAAUUUUGCAACGUGUUUUUGCUCAAAAUGCUUACAAACAGUUGAUAACUAGUAAAAAUCCUCCCCUUAAGGUUAUUAGAAGAUUUGCUCCAUUAUUGUCAAACAAUGACCGUGAUUUUCAAGACGAAAUGACUUUAUCUGAUUUGAAGGAUUUGAUUAUUGAAAAGUGUAAAGCCAAUGAAGAGUAUGAAAAUCAGAUUGAGCAACUUGAUAUGAAGCUUGGGUUGUUAGACAAGAAUAAAAUCAGCAUUGAGGAAUUCCUCAAACCAACAAAGGGUAAAACUUUCAAGCCUAUUGUGGAAAAUGUGAAAAAUUUGGAACGAUUGAAUAAAUCAUUGAAGAAGAAAAUUGAAUUGUGGCAAACACUCUUUUAUUUUAUUCAAACCAAUCCCAUUUAUUUGACAAAAUUGUUUAAUUCCAUUCCAUAUACUAAAAAUCAGACAAAAUCUGGUCAAGAUUUGUUCCAGUCUGUGAUUCAAUUAUUCCCAGUAAGAGAUUCAUCAAUUACUUAUCAUUCUCGUGAAGAGUACUUUUUGGUCAAACUUAUGAUCCAGUUGAUGCAAAAUGAUACAGCUAACUCAAACAAUUUGGGUGACAUCACCAAGUUGCAUUUGACAAACUGGAUAGAUUUCUUUACUAAUUUCAAUAAUCAUACAUUCCAGAGACAACACUUGAAAGCACUUUUGGGCAAGUUUGUUAUACGUAUUGUUGAUAAUGAACAAGUGGAUUUUGAAUCAGAUCCAAUCAGAAUCUACAAUCAAAUCAUUGAUCAUGAGAUGAAAGUUUAUGGUCGUAGUGAAAAGUCUCGUGAUAUUUCACCACAGGCAGCUAUUCAGUUGCCAGAAGUUAGUAAUAAGUUUGUGGGCAAUUUGAUGUCAUUAAGGGAGACUUGCAGUGAUUUGCUUUCAAUGUUACAAAAAAAUGCUUCUGGAAAUAAAGCCUUGUUGCAAAUCCCUGACCAUGUGAAAUUGAUUUGUCGUCAAGGUUAUUUAUGUGCUCAAAGAAAGUUCCCCGACAAAUCUGAUCAACAACAUUUAGCCGUUGCUGGGGUUAUAUUUGUGAAACACUAUCUUGGAUCUAUUUUGCAAGUACCAGAGAACUAUGGAAUUUUGACUGGUAACAAUGAUACCCAGAAAGCUAAAAGCAAAGACAAUUUGCGAUACUUGUAUCGUGUUAUGUUGCAAUUGUUUUCAAUGAAACCAUUUAAUGACAAUUUUUUGAAACCAUUGAAUGAGUACAUUAUGGCAAGUACCGACACCGUUAAGUCAAUCAUUAGUCAGGCAAUUAUUAAUGUGGGUGAAAUUGAAACCGUGUAUGAAUUACAUGAUUAUGAUGAUCUUGUGACUCAUCAGAGACCUAAGUUGACUAUCAGUGUAAACUCAUUGAUUCAAUUAGAGAAAUCCAUCUUGCAAAAUGUCGAUAUUAUUACAACAGGCAAUGAUGAUCAAUUGUACAAAACAUGCGUCGAGGUGGAAAAAUUGUUGAUUUCCCCACAAGACAUGUUGACAUUGACCGAUUUGUCAUCGGUUACUUUGAACUUAAAUCCUACCACACAAGAGGAGUCUAUAGUUGAUUCAAAAACUAAAACAUUGUUCACCCAAGCCAAACGCUGCUUGUUGUAUAUCAUUAGAGUGCAGGAAGAAGACGACAGUGAUGAUUUAUUGGAAUUAUUAAUAUCGGGCAUCAAACCAAGCCACGAACAAAGAUUCAAGGAGAUUGUUCAAUAUGAAAAAGCGGAGCAAGAUAUUUCCCUCAACAACAGCAAGAGUGUUACUGCUAAUACUGUCAAUAAAAAGAAAUCUACCAGACCAUAUUCGGGUACAUCAUUAGGGGACUUGUCGAAUUUAACCUAUCAUGAAUUGAAAAAAAUGUGUUUGGAGAUUAUUCUUAAGCUAGAAUCAAUGGGGGAGUUGACUCGUAAAAACUCAUUUCAAACAUUGCUCAAUCAAAUAGCUAUGGACAUUAAAACAAAGGAUUCUCAAAGACAAUGCCGUUGGCAACAAUUGCAAGUUUCUCAAAAAACUAUUAAGAAGUUGUCUGAGAAGGAAAACUAUUUGAAAACGCAAUUGCACAACUAUAAAAAACACGUUGAAUCGGUAUUAUUGGAAUUACAAUCAAAAUCAAAAUCAAAUGAUAAGAAUUGGAAAAGAAGGCUAUUUAAUAUUAUGGUCAUCCCCGUUUUCAGCAAACAAUAUUUCUAUCAUCGUGAAUUGAGGAAACAUAAUCGCUUACCUAAAUUUGGCUCCUAUAAAUAUCUGGCCAAAAAAUUGAUAGAUCAAAAAGUCCUUAUUGAUUUUUCUACUGCCAACAAUGUUGCUACAGCAUCAAAGUUGGAUUUUAUGUUUAGUUGUCAUCAAGUUGGUAAAUUUACUAUUGAAGUUGCCUCAGGUACAGUGAACAUUCCAGGUGCUACCAACACCAUAACUUUAGACGAAUUGUUGGCAUUGCAGUAUGAGAACAAAACUAAAUUUGAAUUGUUCGAUGGUAUGGCAACGUUUGAUUCUAAUAAUUUUAUGGGAUUGAUAUUUAGAAAGUUCUAUGAUUUGAAGAAAGAAUAA